AUGGUUGUGAGGUUUGUCAAUGAUAAAGGAAAUGUCAUUGAGAGGUUUCUUGGCAUUGAACAUGUUUCUGACACCACAUCACAUUCACUAAAGGAAGCAUUGGAUACUAUGCUUAGGAGGUAUGAUCUAUCUAUUUCCAAGAUUAGAGGACAAGGAUAUGAUGGAGCUUCAAACAUGAGAGGACAGUUUCAUGGAUUACAAAGGCUGGUAUUGAAUGAAAACCCAUUUGCCUUUUACAUCCACUGUUUUGCUCAUCAAUUGCAACUUGUGGUAGUUUCUGUAGCCAAGUGUUGUACUUCAACAUUUGAUUUCUUCAAUUAUGUCACUUCAAUUGUCAAUACUGUUAGUGUUUCUUGCAAAAGAAAAGAUCAACUCCUCCAAAAUCACCAUGACCAUCUUGUUCAGCAAUUAGAUAGUGGUGAUAUUUUUCCUGGGAGAGGGAAAAACCAAGAAACUAGUCUUGCUAGGCCUGGUGAUACACGGAAAAAUCAGAACAUUGUUCGUGCAAUAGGAUUGAUUGGUUCUGUGAUGAGAAAUAUGAAUGCCAUGAGGGAAAAUGGUUGGGAUGAUCUUUUUGAAGAGAUCAAAAGCUUUUGUGUCCAAAAGAAGAUAGACAUUCCUAAUAUGGAAGAUAUGAUACCAGUUAGAGGUCGUUCCAAAUUCCGUGGUGCCAAAUUAGUGACACACUACCAUCAUUUUCAUCAUGGAAUUUUCAUUGCUGUGAUUGAUCAGAUUCUUUGUGAGUUAAACAAUCGGUUUCCAGAAAGAUCAACUCAACUCUUGAGAUGUGUUGCUUGUCUUGAUCCGAAUGGUUCUUUUGCUAACUUUGAGAUAGAGCAAUUAGUUGAGCUCGCUAAGAUCUAUAAAGAUGACUUCAGUGAUUAUGAUUGUGAAAAGCUAAGGGGUGACCUCCUGGUAUUUAUUGAUGAUGUCAAACAUGAUAGAGAUUUUGGCACAUGUACUGAUCUUGGUAACCUUGCUGAGAAGAUGGUUCAAAGUGAUAGACAUACACAUUUCCCUUUGGUGUAUCGUCUCAUUGAACUUGCAUUGAUUUUGCCGGUGGCAACAUCAACAGUUGAAAGAGCAUUCUCCGCUAUGAAUAUUAUCAAGACCGAACAGAGGAAUAAAAUGAAUGAUGAAUGGAUGAAUAAUAGCAUGAUAUGCUAUAUUGAGCGGGAUUUGUUUGCAUCAGUUGAAGAUGAUAAAAUUUUGAAGCGCUUUCAAGGUUUCAAAAACCGAAAGAUAAAUUUGCCACGUGAGCGCCCGAGGUGCGUAUUGUUUUAG